GUCUGUGAUUCAUCUUUGAUUGUGCUAUGGAAAAAGAUUACUUAGUGGAAGAUGUUAAAUUUACAUCCAAAUUGCGGUUGUUUUGUUGUGUUUUUAUCUCUGAAUUAGGGAACUAUGGUAGUGAACCUUUUUUUUUUUUUUUAAUGUUCUAGAAUUUGAGGGAUAUAUGGUCAUUCGUAUACUGUUUAGUCUUUUGUUCAAUACUGGAAAAUGGAAAUGACCAAUUGAUGUGGCCUUAAUUAUGUGAUUUACUGAUUUGCUGAGGAGUGUUUUAAAAGCUGUAAAAGAUUUAGAGUUUCUUUCUGGUAUUUCUCUCUCCAGAGGCUACUCUUCCCGUUGCGAAUAUGAUAUUGAGAUUAUAGACAGAUAUAGGCUCUCUCCUGGCGGCUCCAUACUAAUGUACAUAGUCCAUCUGUUCGCUGGUUGAAUAGCCGAACAAUGUUGGUUUCUUACUGUAAUGCAAUGAAAGUUACACUUCAGUUUAUCUCAGCUGGGCAGCCACAGGUAAGCAUACUCUUUCUGCAGUCACCUAUUGCCUUUUAUGGCUGGUGACUUUGUUUGUGUUUUUGUUUCUACUUUUCUACUCUAAAGUUUUAGAUUGGACCCUGGCGUGAAGGUCAGCAGCUUCAAGUAUGGGGUUCCAUCCGUGCAGAAAGUUACAAGCUUUGUCACUUGCGCUGAAAAGGUUAGGAGAAUAAAAGAUAUUAGCGAUACAACCUUCAAUGGCAAUACUUCAGAGCUCGGAUCCAACGAAAAGAAAUCUGGGAUGGUGAUAAAGAAGAAGGGAAGAAAAGAACACCACUUGUGGCAGAAAAGAGAUUCAGCUAUGUCUGGGCAGAAAGCACUAAAUCUUGUUCGCAUUAUCUCUGGACUUCCAAAUGAAAAGGAGGCUGUAUACGGUGCUUUAGAUAAAUGGAUAGCUUGGGAAACUGAAUUUCCAUUGAUUGCUGCAGCUAAAGCUCUAAGAAUUUUAAGAAAAAGGGGUCAGUGGACACGAGUUAUUCAAGUGGCCAAGUGGAUGCUCAGCAAAGGCCAAGGUGCAACAUUGGAGACUUAUGAUUCCCUUCUGUUGGCAUUUGACAAGGAUUGCAGGGCUGAUGAAGCAGAAAUGCUGUGGGAUAUGAUAUUACGAACACAUAUGCGUUCCACAUCAAAGAGACUGUUUUCAAGGAUGAUAUCCUUAUAUGAUCAUCACAAAAUGCCAGAGAAGGUUAUCGAGGUAUUCGCUGACAUGGAAGAGUUGGGGGUGAAACCAGACCAAGAUACUUUGAUUAGAAUCGCACGAGCAUUCGAUGAAUUAGGUCAAACAGAGAAAAAGAAACAAGUCCUCAACAGGUAUCAAGGUAAAUGGAAGUAUGUCCACUUCAAUGGUGAACGUGUGAGAGUUAGAAAGGAUCCUUUGAAAUAA